AAUUAUCACUGUUCACUAAUUGAUAACCAACUAAAAUACAUACCGAAUAUAUAUUCACAUUGAUUUUUUGGAUUUAUGCUCACACUGGAUCUUACCAAUGACUGCAACUGAUGAUAUUCGGUCUCGAAUGUUGCAUAGAGCUGAUCGCCUGGUACGUGGUAUGAAAGAUGAAGAAGCAUGGCACUUAGUUGGCCUAUUUCAACAAACUCAUCCAAAUACAUUUCUACAAAUAUGUCACCAUACACUGGCAUCAUUCUUAGAAUUAACUCAUGAUUAUUUUGACCAGAAAUGGCCUUUGAUAUCACGUUUAUUAUUGAUGACCAAUAAGAAAAAAUCCAUUGGUGCAGAUCGUCGUGGUCGUUCACGUGUUCUCACUGCUAGUCAUCACAAUAAUAGUCUUAACAGGAAUACAAAUCAACGUCAUAAUAAUGUACAUGAGGAAAUUUUUCAAUCACCAAUUUGUUGUAGUCCAUUAUUGUUAAUGUCAAAUGAUCAAAUCGAUAAUUUAUCAUCAUCAUCUUUAUCUCCAGUUAUAUGUAAUAUGAAAUUAUUGCAUAACACUACUUCGACGAAUGGAAAAAUCAAAAAUAAACUCAAACCUGGCGGUAAACGUUUACUGAAACAAUUAUUACCUUCAAUGUUUCCAAUACCUAACAAUAAUAAUAAUUGUAAUACUCCUACUAUUAAUUCUACUAAUAAUAUUAAUAGUAGUAAUGAUGGAUUGAAAUCUCACGGUGAAUCAGUGACACCGACAAAAAAAUCCAAUCGAUCUGGCUCAAAAACAAAAUUAUUCUUUAAACAACAAGUUCAACCAUUAUUUUGUAAAUCAGGAGGAGGCUCCAAUGAAACAACAACAACAACAACACGUCAAUUCAAUUAUCCAUUAGUAUUCAAAAUGAAUUCAUCUAAAUUACAUCAUUGUUUAAACGGGAAUACGAUCAAUUUAAAAUGGAGAAAUAAUUACACUGAUUAUUGUAUACAAUAUUGUAAUAUCGAUUCAACAAUUUGUUCUAUUCUAAUUAAUUAUAUGAUUUCUAAUCCGAAAUUAUGUCAAACGGAAGGAUUAUUUCGUAUACCAGGCAAUUCAUUACGUAUACGUGAAUUAUGGUUGAAAUUAAGCUAUCAUUUACAAACACCUUAUCUACGUGUACCACAACCUGAUCCAGAUGAGUCAACUACCGAUGAAAAUCUAUCACCUUAUCCAAUGAUUGAUUAUGAAGAAAUACAUGAUAUUUUACAAUCCUAUACACCACAUGAUAUAUCCAGUUUGAUAUUACGUUGCUUAAAUACAUGUACAACAUUUCAACGUAUACAACAAGUGUUGAGUUUUGAUAGCAGUACUACUCAUACUACUACUAAUACUACUACAACAUUAAAUUCCCCAAUGCCCAAUCAUUCUGAUCAAUAUUCCAUUCAUUCAUAUAAUAGUAGUAAUCAUAAUAGUGAAUAUCCACAGACUGGCGGAUUAAUUCCAUUAGAAGCUGGAAAUCUAUUAUUUUUAGCAACUGAACUACAAUAUAAAUUGAAAUCUUCCACGACGACCAAUGCCACUACUAAUACUACUACUCUGAACAAUAUCAGUAGUAAUAAUAAUGCUGAUGACACCAAUCAUCAUCAAUACGAUGAUUGGAUGUAUGUAUUAUGUCAAUCAAGACAAUUAUUAACUUAUCGUAUUGUAAUACAAUUAUUAUUACCAAUCCCAGAACGUUAUUUAUUAAUGAAUUUAUUACGUUUAUUUAAACAAAUUGAUGAUUUCAGUAGUAAGUCAAAAAUGACCGCUGAAUGUUUAUCCCGAUGUACAGCAUUUGCUGUGUUUGGUGCACCAAUCAAAUUGAAAUCAUCAUCGGCUCAUUCAAAGAAUACCAUGAUGAUGAUCAAUUGUCGUUUUAAAUGGAAUGCUAAUCAUCAUAAUAAUAAUGUUGUUGAUUUUGAUGUUGAUGUUGAUGAUGGAGGAGAGUACAGUUUUGAAUCAUACACACAUUCAAUUGCUAAACGUAUUGAUACAUUGACCAAUUUAAUUAAAAUGGUACAUCAACUGGAAGAUUUACCAACAAUUAUUUAUAAUACAAUACGUAAUCGUCUUAGAAUACAUUUAGGCAAUUCCCCGAUACCUAGAACGACAACAAGCAGUGAUUGUUGUUUACAACAACAAUCUUCUAUCAUAAUGGAAAAGUGCACGGAUGAAUAUCAUCAUCAUUGUUCACUAGUUGAUGAUAAUACUGAUCAUUAUCAGAAUAUUCAAUUGGAACACUCUGAACCAACUAUUCAAAAACGUAUUAAAUAUGAAAACAAUUCAAUUGAAUCUAAUCAAACUCACACACCAAUAGUAGUAGUGAAUGAAAUCGAUUCACUAUUGAAUUCAAAUCGUCCUCCUAAUCAGCUUCAUCGUACAAAAUCUACUCUUGAUACAACAACGAUUAGUAGCAGAAAUCGAUUAUUUAAUCAACCAUUGAAUUUCAAUGAAUCACAACAACAAACUGAUCAUUCGAAUGAUUCACAUGUAUCAUUGAAGAGAACAACAGCCAAUACUACUACUAUUACUACUACAACUACUACUAAUAAUAAUACUAGUAGUAGUUGUUGUACUAACAAUACAAUGAUUGAUUCAUUUCAUUUAUGGAAACGUCAUAAACCAGGCUCAAUUCAUCAUGAUUUAUUCAAACCAACCUUAUUUAAUAGUAGUAGUAGUAGUAAUUCACGUAUCACCAAAAAAUCUCCGGCUAUAAUUCCCCUUUCUCCUCUAUCUAAUACUACUACUUCUUCAACUCAUCAUCAUCAUCCUCAUCAGCAGCAGCGGCAGCAUAAAAUGUUGAUCAAGUCAAGAAGUAGUUCAUUUCUUGAACAUUCAUAUAUAUUUAAUUAAUUAAAACAAAUUGAAAAAAUCAAUUCAAACGGCUGUGAUUUUAAAU